AUGGACACCCAGUAUCACAACAUGUCCCUCAAGGAGGCGCUGAAGAAGGAGGUCGAGCGCUCGGCGCUCGAGAAGCUAGGCCUUCAGGAGACGAUCGAGAAGCAAAACAACACCAUUGCGUCGCUCACCUCCGAGCUUGCUCGACUCACCGAGGCACUCCGUGUGUCAGAAGCCCGGAGGAUGCCGGCGGCGCCGCCGUCGGCUACCGAUCAAACUCCGGGCGAGGGUGGCUCCGCGGAUUCGGCCAACACGGGGACCGGAGCCAAGAGAGAUGAUGGGAAACCCCCGCCACCCCCCCAGACGGCAGAGGAGGCCAGUUACGAGCUCAACGUGGUGCAACCUUGGCGGGAUUCAAAGACCGUGCGGGACGCUUGGCGCCUCUGGAACUCCGCCACCGCCAAUGACACCCGUCGUCUUUGCGACAGGGUCGCCGAGCCGGGGUUCAUCGACCGCCACACCCUCCUCAAAGGCGCGACCCAGGGUGCACUCAACAUGAGGGUGCGCCGCAUGCUGAAGGCCAUGGAUGCGACGGCACCGACGAUGUCCAAGGAGCCUGGCAUGGGCGUCAAGGGGCUUGGCCCUAAGGUGGUCUCGAAGCUACGCCUCGCCUGUGCGCUGGUGGCGCUCGAGCUGAAGCCGACGACGUGGAUCGACCGCCUGUUUCCAGACACCUGGGAGGAGCAGAUGCCGAAGACCGUGGCCAAAUUGGCCAAGCAGACUGCACCUGCGCAGCGUCCUCCGUCAAAGCGCAAGAAGUCGGCAUGA